AUGGACGUUUGCGACGAGUGCAGUACACCCCGAACGCAGGAUCCCGUGCAGUGGGGGACAGGCCUUCGAGGGGGCCCAAUCAUCGAACCCGAUGGUACAUAUGCUUCGACGAGUCUUCCUCGUAUACCAACAAGAAGCGAGGCAGAGCAAGCGGGGCUGCUGGAAACAUAUGAGACGAUCCUGGGGGAAUCCGCCGUCCGAGACGCUCUCAGGGAAGCAUAUAGCCGGGUAGCGUACCAUCUGGCAGAAAGUCAAACGUCCUGGAAGGCGUACCUCGCUUUCGAAAUGGCUUACUUUCGGCAUGAUCGGAGCGCCGCACGCAAAGAAGUAGUUAAGCAGGCUUUCAUCUCACGUCUCCGCGUUCCACACAUGCAGCACGACCAUACUGCGCAACAACUGUCAGCGUUUGUCUCCAAUUUUCUCAAUCCGGAGGAGUAUGAGCCCAUCAUGGCCGCAGCAAGCAGGGGUGCAGCAGCAGCAAAGGAAGCAUUUACGCAGAGGGAGCGUUACGAAGACAGAUUUGCUGCAGCAAAAUUCAAAGGAGACUUCCAAGCUGUCAAGCCGUAUUUGCGAUGGCAGGUAUCGCAAAAACCACUUGAUCUGCUCAUGACUUCGGCGCUAUACAAACGUGCUAUUUUUGCUUUUGCUCAACCGCCGACGCUGACAGAAGAUGAGAUCCGAAAUCCUCCAACACCUCAUUUCCAGGCAGAGGUGAGAGAAGGUAGGGCUGGCAAAGCGAACUAUGCUGCUGCGAAAGAGGCAGAGAGACAAGAGCUUGCAGCCAAAGCUGCGCAGGCUGAGGGUCUCUGGGUGGACUACCUCUCUUUCCUUGCUCUGCACAAAGCCACGCCAAGUGAGGUGUUAGACUCUUGUGCGCAAGCUGUACGCUCUUUGCCAGGCUCAGGCAAGACGUGGGCGAUCUAUCUCCGAAAUUUGGCGCGACUGCAUCGAGGCGAGGUAGAAGUUGCCGAGGCCUUCAAUCGUGCCCUUUCAAAUGGACAGUGCUUGCAAGACCCCGCCAGCUGGGCGGAUCUGCUUCUUGGCCGAUGCGACGCAGAAAAAGAAUUUGUCUUGCUAGCUGCGGCUGCAGAGCAGGGUGUCUCCGUCGAAAAUGUUGUUCUAGCUGGUGAUGUAGCCCGCUUUUCGCAGGUGUUUGGAGUGAUCGAAUUCUGCAUGCAGCUUGCGCCCACCCAACCGCUGCCUGACCCGGAAGUCAGACUCGAACGGUUUGCUUCAGGCUGGUGCGAGCGAUGUGGUGCAGAGACUGCGGCCUUGGCUGAUGAGCUCUGGGAAAAGACCCUCACUGCUCAGCCAAAAAAUGCCAAAGCUUGGCAUGAGGCAGCUCAGUACUGUAUCCGUACGAGUCAAGCUGCAAAAGCACGUUCACUGUUCAAGCAAGUCAGCGGCAAGCCCGGUUUGGAGAACAAGGCCCAGCUUCUGGACGCAUGGCUGGCAUUUGAGCAUGUCUAUGGCGGAUGCGCUGAAAUAGAAUAUGCGGCCAGGAAAGUGAAGGAGGAGACGGAACGAGCUUGGGAUGCAUAUUAUCGCUCAUACGCUGCGCAGCAAGGUCAGUAUAACCAACUAGCUCAGCUACCGCCAAAAGCAUCCUCGUCAUCAGCGAACGGGAAGCGUUGCGCCGAGGAUGUUCUUGACCCAGCCGAGGCAUCCACCUCCUUUCACGCAAUGCGCACCAGCAACGAGGCUUCCAAGAAGAGCAAGGCACUCCAAAAAGGACCGACAAAGGACCGCGAAAAUUGCUCAGUUCUUGUCAGCAGGCUUCCCCAAGGAAGUACCGAGCAGGAUCUGCGAGUGCUGUUCCGCGGUUGUGGCGAGAUUGUCGACAUUUCGGGUCCCAAGGCGCUUACCGACGGGACAGCGGCCGCAUUGGUUGAGUUCAGCGAUCGGGGGGCGAUUGGAGCCGCUCGCACUCGAGACAAAAAACAAGUUAGAGGAUCGGAGGUUGCGGUGCACAUUGGUCAUGAAUGCACACUCUACGUCACCAACUUCCCGGAGGCAACUGCCGACGAGGACAUUCGAUCCCGAUUUGGCAAGUAUGGCAGCAUUUUCGACGUGCGAUGGCCCAGCAAAAAAUACGCAUCCAGGCGUCGCUUUUGCUACGUCGAGCUUACGUCACCGGAGGCAGCGCGCUUAGCUUUAGCCGAAGACGGCCAGCACCUGAGCGAGCUCAAUACGCUCCAAGUGGCCCUGUCCGAUCCAGAGCGGCGGAAAAUGCGCUCCGACGCGAAUGUGAACGAGCGAGAAGUGUACAUCACCGGUAUCCAUCCGAACGCGGUUGAAGCUGAAGUGCGCGCGCUGUUCGAGCUGCAUGGGACAGUUGAAGGCUUCAGGAUGCCGCUUAGCGAUGCUGGUAAAGCCAAAGGUAUAGGCUUUGUUGAUUAUCGAACGCCUCUCGAAGCGCAAAAGGCUGUCGCUCAGGUCAACGGCUCGACAUAUCAAGGUAAGGCUCUCAAGGUCAGCAUCGCAAACAAGCCAAGCGGGCCAGUGCGUGUUGGCGGGGGUCAGGGCUUCCGCAGCCGAUCGAUACGUCUACAUGGCCUCCCCGAUGAUGCACAAGAAGCUCUGAUACAGCAACUGGUUGAGAAGGUGGUGGGUGCAGGGGCUGUCAAGAAGGUUGAGUGGAAUCCAGGGCCAGAGAGUCGGGGCGAGGCGAUCGUUGAAAUGGUGGACCCAGCUGCGAGUCAUUCGAGCGGAUCCGAAUCAUAG